CCAUAAAAACCCUAUUACUUCGGCAGAUGCCGACGCGCACCACCGGGACGACGCGGCAGGGCGAGCUCGAGGCGGCGGACGGGAACAGCAUGGACUCCACCCGCGCCUUCGUCAGGGACGUCAAGCGCCUCGUCGUCAAGGUCGGUACUGCGGUUGUUACUCGAGCCGAUGGGCGGUUGGCGCUCGGAAGACUAGGGGCAGUAUGUGAGCAGAUAAAAGAAUUGAACUUGCAAGGAUACGAGGUCAUUCUGGUCACGUCUGGUGCUGUUGGCGUCGGUCGCCAGAGGCUUAGAUACCGUAAGCUAGUAAAUAGCAGCUUUGCUGAUCUCCAGAAGCCACAGGUUGAACUUGAUGGGAAGGCUUGUGCAGCUGUCGGACAGAGUAGUCUUAUGGCCUUGUAUGAUACCUUAUUCAGCCAGUUGGAUGUUACAUCGGCUCAGCUUCUUGUGACAGAUCAUGACUUUGGGAGUAAGGACUUCAGGAAGCAACUGAAUGAGACCGUGCAAUCGUUGUUGUCUCUGACAGUUAUUCCUAUAUUUAAUGAAAAUGAUGCAGUCAGUACGAGGAAAGCCCCGUAUGAGGAUUCGUCUGGCAUAUUCUGGGAUAAUGACAGCUUGGCUGCACUGCUUGCUUUGGAGCUCAAAGCUGAUCUUCUUAUAUUACUAAGUGAUGUUGAGGGUCUUUAUAGUGGCCCACCUAGUGAUCCGAAGUCCAGAUUAAUUCGCACAUACAUCAAGGAAAGGCAUCAAGGUGAAAUCACCUUUGGAGAUAAAUCUCGUGUAGGGAGAGGUGGCAUGACUGCAAAAGUUAAUGCUGCUGUUAACGCAGCAAAGGCCGGUAUCCCUGUGGUCAUUACCAGUGGAUAUGCUUCUGGAAAUAUCCUUAAGGUUCUUCAAGGAGAGGAUAUUGGUACUCUCUUUCAUCGGGAUGCACAUUUGUGGGUACAAAGCAAAGACGUCAGUGCAAGGGAGAUGGCUGUUGCAGCCAGGGAAAGUUCACGGAUCCUUCAGGCCAUAUCAUCUGAGGAUAGGAGAAAAAUCCUGCUUGAGAUAGCUGACGCGCUCGAAGCAAAUCAGGAACAGAUAAUGAAUGAGAAUGAAGCUGAUGUUGCUGCUGCAGAAAAGGCUGGAUAUGAAAGAUCUUUGAUUGCUCGGUUGGCUCUGAAGCCUGGAAAGAUAACAAGCCUUGCCAAUUCUAUUCGUGUACUUGCAAAAAUGGAAGAUCCAAUUGGGCGUGUUCUGAAGAAAACAGAGCUGGCUGAUGGGCUUGUCCUAGAGAAAACAUCAUCUCCUUUGGGUGUCCUGCUUAUUGUUUUUGAGUCUCGACCUGAGGCUCUAGUUCAGAUAGCUUCAUUAGCUGUUCGAAGUGGGAAUGGGCUACUCUUGAAAGGGGGUAAAGAGGCCAAGCGAUCAAAUACCAUUCUGCACAAGGUCAUCACUGAUGCUAUUCCGGACAGCAUUGGUGGGAGACUAAUAGGACUUGUAACUUCGAGAGAGGAGAUAACAGAUUUGCUUAAGCUUGAUGAUGUUAUUGAUCUUGUAAUACCAAGAGGGAGUAACAAGCUGGUUUCCCAAAUCAAGGAAUCAACCAAAAUACCUGUUCUUGGUCAUGCCGAUGGAAUAUGCCACAUUUAUGUUGACAAGUCCGCGAACAUGGAAAUGGCAAACCGCAUCAUUGUUGAUGCAAAGGUAGAUUAUCCAGCAGCCUGCAACGCAGUGGAAACGCUUCUCCUCCAUAAAGAUUUGGUGCCAGCUGGUGGACUUAAUGCGAUUGUGUUUGGGCUUCGGAGCAAAGGUGUUACUUUAUAUGGUGGACCAAAAGUGAGCUCCAUACUGAAUAUCCCACAGGCGCAGUCCUUUCAUCAUGAGUACAAUUCAAUGGCAUGCACCAUUGAAACUGUAGAUGAUGUUCAUGAAGCCAUUGAUCACAUUCAUCAACAUGGAAGUGCACACACUGAUUGCAUCAUAGCAGAAGAUGACGAAGUUGCAGAAACCUUCCUAAGUCAAGUUGACAGUGCUGCUGUUUUUCACAACGCCAGUACGAGAUUCUGUGAUGGAGCACGAUUUGGACUGGGUGCAGAGGUUGGGAUAAGUACGAGUAGAAUCCAUGCUCGGGGUCCAGUUGGAGUUGAAGGAUUAUUAACCACAAGAUGGAUUCUCAGAGGGAAUGGACAAGUGGUGGAUGGUGAUAAAGGGGUCACCUACACCCACAGAGACCUACCCAUCCAGUCAUAAGUUGUUUCCAGUGGGGUGCAACCGUUGCUGCUGCUACUUAUAAUUUAUUCACCUCCUUGAAAAGGGGAAGGCAGAUUUACUGAUACCAUUGUCGUUGUAGAGUGUAGUUCGGGGUUCGCUUGUUUACCAAGCUUCCGGGAGAAGAAGAAUUGUUCGCCUCUGUCGAUUCUGUAGUUCACUUGUUUACCAAGCUAUCCAGAGAAGAGGAAUUGUUCGCCCCUGUCGAUUCUGGUCUUGGCAGUUGCAGCUUUUUAAGUUGCCAUAUGUUUACUGCUAGUAUUCUGGAGUCUUCUUAUGGAUUUUUUUUUUUUAAUCUUGCUAACGAUUUCUGGUCAGUCAUUGCGGUUGUACUUCCCAAUUCUUCUCUAAUUGCGGCAAGGUUUGUGCUUUGGUGCCAA